AGCAUCACGGUAAACAUCUCGUGGUCCUUGCCUUCUCCAGACAGCUAUAGCGGAUGUAGUCGCUGCUCUCCUCCUCCUGUACAAGUUUUGUUGAGUCUGACUUUUUUUUUUUUUUUUUGUAACAUGAAUUCCUUCUUGGUCUGCUCAGCCAAUAAAUAGCAGGAGGGCCCCUCAGCUUGAGCAGUCCCAUUCUCCUCCUCUUACACUCAGCAUCCAUCUGACACCAUGUGGACCCAGGACAGCGCUCUGCUGCUGCUGAUCGCCUGCUGCUUUUGGUCUGCCGAGGCCCAGAGACAAAGCGUCUGGGAUGAUCCCGUCAAAUUCAAAACCCAGGCCAAGGACUCGUGCACCAUGAUCGUCACCGGGCAGGGGGACUACACCCGGCUGAGGCUGUCGUGCCAGGGCAGCAAGCGCUCCUACUGGUGUGAAUACAUGGGCAUGCCUUACACCUGCCGCAACUACAACAAAAACCCUCGUCACUACUUCGUCCAGAUGAUGUGGCGCCUUAGAAAGCUCCAAAACGCCUGCCAGGCGCCGAGGCAGAUCAAACCUCACAUGUGCAGGAACGCAGCGGAUGAAUCUCAAAUGGUCUACGUAUCCGGUUCCUUCUCCCGACCAGACAGCACAAGACCGGCACCACAGCCUGCCAGACCUCAACCUCGUCCCUCACCCACAAGACAAACCAAUCGAGUCCCACCACGAGAAAAGACCACACCGAGAACCAGUCCACAACCAACGACACCUCCUGAGGAGACCAAAGCUAAGACGAUGGCUCGGCAGCACUGCUGGAGGUCACUUCGAGGCCUCUGCUCCUUCUUCAUCGGUUUGUUUCAUAGAAACUGAGGAAGACUUACAAUUCUGAUGAAGAUAACUUCUGAUGUCUGAUUAAAGCGGCCCUUGGAGGGAAAUUUCAGACCAGCAGUUUGUCCGUCCGUGGUAGAAGAAGAACUGUAGUGCUCUCCUCAGGGGAAGAGAUGGUACUGCAGUGACAUCAUCCUCAGUCACAGCUUGGAAAAACUCUAUGCGUCUUAAUUGUGUAAGAAUCAACUUGCAGGCUAUGAAACACAUGAAUGAAAUGGUAAAAGUACUACUUUAACUAGUGUGAAUGUUUCUACAGCAACACAAACCUUUACAACAAUAUAUUGGCCUGGGACAAGAGAGGCAGACAACUCACUGGUGUCACUUAUGUGUAUUUAUGUUUGUUUACUUGUAUAUAAUCUACUUGCAUCACUUAAAUUUACCUUGAAUAUUACGUUGUUUGAAAGAUCUUUAUUUGGUCUGAAAAAGGCAGUCAUUGCUGUACGGGUGUAUUUGACAGAAAGAUAAUGAAUGUGAAAAUGAUUUUAUUAAAUAAAUAAACAUUAUUCUCUAUUA